AUGAACAGCAAAGCAGCACAAGAACGACAGCAACGGAUCCUGCUGGAUCUGCUCCGUCAGCCGGGCAACGAUGUCUGCGCUGACUGCAAAGGGCGUGCUCCAAGAUGGGCCUCAUGGAACCUCGGCAUCUUUAUCUGCGUGCAAUGUGCUGGCGUGCACCGCAAGAUGGGCGUUCACAUCUCGAAAGUCAAGUCGAUCACGCUCGAUACAUGGACUCGUGAGCAGGUGGAGAGGAUGAAGGAGAUGGGCAACAUCAAGAGCAACCGAAUCUUCAACCCGGACGAGAUGCGCAAUCGACCACCAACCAACAUGGAAGAGAGCGAGAGGGACAGCGAGCUGGAAAAGUACAUUCGCAGAAAGUAUGAGUUUCGUAGAUUCAUGGAGGGACGACCACCGCCGGUGCCAACCAAAGACGCCACCUUCUUGACAUCGCCACCACCAUCGAUGGACAGGUUUGGUGCUCCCAAGUCUUCUGCUGAGGCAACAUCUUCUGUCCGCUCCAACAGCAAGCUUGCCGAAGGAAGCAGCAUUGCUCGAUCUCGCACAGCACCUAUUCCAACGACAUGGAGCGAGGCUCAGCAGCGAGCCAAAGCGAUCGCACCACCGCUCCCAAGCUCUGCAGCCUCUGGCUUCCGGAAUGCAAGUGCUCCUCUCUCGAAUGGCGCUGGUACAUCAUUGGCACCAACAACACGGACGGCAUCCACUCUGCAACCUCGGCAAACAGCCGUGCCUCUACGCACUUUGAGCGCUCUCAACACAAGGAAUGGCAAUGCAGCAACGAGCGCUUCGAAACCUUGUGCAUCAACAGCACAAUCUAGUGUGCUUGAUGACCUUAUUUCGCUUUCAGAGCCGUCACCAACCACAUCGAAUCAGCCACCGCUGCAGAUGAAUCCGUGGGCAGCAAUACAGGCGCAACAGCAAGCGGUGCUCAGUGCACCUGCCAUCCAGCAGCCAAGGGGCAACUUUUGGUCAGCACAAUCGGCUACAAAUGGCAAUGCAUCUCCAGCAACACCUUUUGGUGUCAGUCCAUCGAACCACAACAACAGCAACGUUUUCGGUCAGAUGCCGGGUCUGCCACAACAUGCGAAUACCAUGCCGACCGCACCCUCUCCUCAGAGUCAACUUGCUCCGCAGGCCACAAUCAUGCUCAGCCCGAACAACGGCAUGAUGUUUCCUCAAUACCAACAGCAGAGGAGUGCCAGCUUGGGAACGAUGGCUUUCUCGACUUCACUGAUGGCAUCGCCGGGUCCGAUCUCAAACAACCCUUUCAACACGAUGCAAGCCAACUUGACAGGCAUCAACGGACAGUAUCAGCAACAGCAGCCACAACAGCUCGGACAAGUCGCGUUCCAGGGUCAGAUGGGCAAUAGCAUACUCAGUCCCAACGGAGCUAUGUACGGCCAACCGCAGCAACAACAGCAACCUUUUCAGCAGUUUCAGCAAACUGGCAACGGAAUGGGUCAGUUUCAGAACUCGAUGAUGCCGAAUAGCUACGGACAAUCGCCACAGUAUGGCAGUGCAUUGAUGCAGCAACAGCAACAACAACAACAACAACAACAGCAACAGCAACAGCAACAGCAACAGCAACAGCAACAGCAACAGCAACAGCAACAGCAACAGCAACAACAUAGCCAGCAUUGUUCUCAAUUUGGCAACAUGUGGUAG